AUGGCCGAAGCACAGGCUCCUGCUUCGGCGUACGAGCUUGUAACUUGGCUUCGACGCCAGCUCCAUGCCUUGCGCGAGUCUACACGCGAUGGCUUGGACGAGGAAAUGCACGCAUUUUCGCAGUUGACGACGUCGCGUAUCGGUCUGUACGGAAAAAAGAGCAUCGACGUUGACGCCGGCCAAUUUUCACCCGAGACGUGGUCCGAAGCGAUGCAAUCACUGACAAGCUCGAGCAGUGCAUUCCGCGCAACGCUGGAAACAAUGCACCAGGGCGUGGGAGGCACAGAGGAGCAGCUCGGUGCCACAGCAGUGCACGAGCUCAACGCACAGGCCCGUGAACUGACGCAUGCAGCGAUGGAUCUUCGUGCGGCAGCGACGCUGCACGAUGCCAUGGAUGCUGGCGAGUCGCUGCCGCGUGAACUAUGGACAGGCCGACUAAAAGACGCGCAAACGGCGCCGCUGACAGAACGAGGCGCCGCGGUGCAAGUGUUGGACGUACUAUGCAGCAUCCUCGCUCCCGUCGCAACGCGCCUGCACCUCGAGUGCUUUGAAGAGAAACUCUACGCGAGCGACGACGUCGAGAUGCAGGAUGCAUCCAAGCCCGUGCAGCGCACACACACUUUCACAAGCGGCGGCCGAAUCAUCGUGCUGGACGUUGAGUUGGGCGUGGCGCAGCGCGAGCAUACGUUGGCGCCGCACAUCAUGCUGCACAUUUCGUAUGCACACGACGAGACUAUGCAGGAAGCUCGCGUUCCCGAUACUCGUUUGGCUGAUAUGAUGCGUAACCUGCUUCUGCAGCUCGCGUAUGUCUUGUUUGGCUACGAUGCCGAUCCGGCCGUGCUGUCAACAUGCCCCGUGCUCAAUUGCGAAGGAAACGAAACGCGCUACGUCCAAGCAACGCGGCUUUGGUGUGCGCUUGCACGCAGUCUAGCGACGCUUGCGCGAAUUGAUGCGCUGAGUGCGAAUGCGCUCGUGAAUGCAGGCACAGACAAGGCCCACAAAAUAGAUUUGUUUGCGCAGCUCGAGUCGAUGGGCUUGGCCGCGGAGCGUGUGAGUGCGCAUGAGCUGGGAUCGCUCUUGGGCGAAGAGGUGCAGGGGCCUGUAUGUGUAGCACUGCUUCGCUCCUUGUCCCAAACGUCUCCGGCCGCGAUUGGGACCUUGCUGCGGUGCGGGCAUGGCGUUGCACUACAGCAUGUAUUCCUGCCGUACCUCACGAUUGUAUACCACGCUGUAUCCGUUACAAACGACUGGCUCGCGUCAGGGUUCCGCGCCACUGUACGCGUCGCGCCCAGCGCCGUUCCUUUUGCGCCGAAUGCACGCGACCAUGUGGAUUGGGUAAGCUUGCCAACCGGUGCAAGACCGCCGCAAGAAUUGAUGCAGGAAGUUGCACAAACACUGUGUACGUACGGGCCAGUGUCUACAUCCCUUGCGCUUUCGACGCUCGGCGCAGGAACGCAAAUGACAGUGCACCGGCCCAUUUCCUACAUUGCUUUCUUGGACCCGCCCGUGCUUGUGCCGCAUUACACGGCACGCUCCCUAUGGGCACUGUGCAAUUUGGCACAGCAUCCAUGGUCGGAGCAGCUGCAAGGAGCGGCAGUCAGCACUGAGGCUGCGCACAACCAGCGCAAAACGGAUUACUUGGCGCAGCUCUGUGCGGCGCCGGGGCUGUCAAGCACGAGCGACUAUACCUUCCAGCCGAGCGCUUUACAUACAGACAGCUGCGAGGCACGGCGCGUGUCCAUCAUUCCUUUUGGAGAUCUAGCGCAGCUAUACGCGGCGCUCGCGCUUUUGCGUGAGCAUGCGCGGUUUGCGCAACUACUCGCCGGCGCGACUACAAAACACAACACACAGGGCGUGCCGGUGACGCUCAAGCUGGGGCCUUGUACACGCGCGGGCAGCUCCGUGCUGUACUUGAGCUUCCCAGUCACAUGCGCAACCCCAGCCAGCGAUGCGGCGCCGGCCAUAGUUAAUGCAACACUGCGCACCACAGCUGAGCACGCGAGCGGAUGGGCUAUCGAGGCAAGCGUUGUAGCAGUGCUGGGCGGCGAGCUCAAGCGGAUGCACGCCACAGAUCAUGCGGCCUUGGCAUGUGCUGACCAUCUAGCACAGGGCGCAAACAUAUACGAAUUCACAAAGAAGCUCGUUACAUGGGCGCACGCAGCAUAG